UACUGGCACAGUAAUUUCGACACUCCUUACAUAAACAAUACCUUAAUAAUAAUAAUAAUUAAAUAUAAAAAAACUUUUUUUUUAAAAUAAUUCCGACAUUUUCUUUUUAUUUUAAAGAAGGCGUUUUUUUUUUUCGAGUUAUCGACUUUAUCAGUGCCCUCAUUGCAAAAAAAUAAUAACAAUUUCUAAGAACAAUAGCUCUAUUGAAUAUAAAAGAUAAUUAAAAUUUUUUUUUUUUUUAAAUAAAUUUCAAAUAAAAAUUCGCUCAUAUAUUUAUUGAGGUCAGUGAACAGAAGUUGUUACACUUAAGCUCAAAAAAAAAAAUGAGACUAGUAAUUUGUGAUACUGUUGAUAAUGUUUCUGAAUGGUCAGCAAAAUAUGUGAUGAAGAGGAUCCACGAUUUUGAGCCCAAUGAAAAUAAAUAUUUUGUCUUGGGUCUGCCUACAGGAGGAACGCCAUUGGGAAUGUAUAAAAAAUUAAUAGAAUAUUAUAUGCAAGGAAAAUUGUCAUUUAAAUAUGUCAAGACUUUUAAUAUGGACGAAUAUGUCAAUCUGCCGAGCAAUCAUUCGGAGUCAUAUCAUUAUUAUAUGUACCACAAUUUUUUUAAACAUAUUGACAUCGAGCCGACGAAUGUCCAUAUAUUAGACGGAAAUGCCGAGGAUCUAGAGUACGAGUGUCAGGAAUUCGAGCGUAAAAUAACUGAAGCUGGUGGUGUUGACCUUUUUAUUGGAGGUAUCGGACCGGAUGGUCACAUCGCCUUCAAUGAGCCAGGAUCGUCUUUGGCCUCUCGCACGCGGGUGAAAUCUCUCGCCCAAGACACUCUGGAGGCAAACAAACGUUUCUUUGACAACGACAUCGAGAAGGUUCCCAAGCAGGCACUGACUGUAGGUGUCGGGACUGUAAUGGACGCUAAGGAAGUAAUGAUUCUUAUCACCGGCUCUCACAAAGCAUUUGCGCUCUACAAAGCCAUUGAAGAAGGUAUCAAUCAUAUGUGGACUGUCUCAGCCUUCCAGCAACAUCCUCACGCUCUUUUUAUCUGCGACGAGGACGCGACCCUUGAACUCAGGGUUAAAACUGUCAAAUAUUUUAAAGCACUGAGUGACGUCCACAGAAAAUUAAUUGAAGACUAAGAAUUUUUAUUUUUUCUUUACCUUUGAAAAUUUUUUUUUAUGCCAAUGAAAAAUUUUUUGAUUUAAAAAAUUUUUUAUUUUAUUAAUUGUAACGGUAUAACAAAUAUAUUUUUCAUACUACA